CGACAUAUUUCAAGUUCCAGUACACCAUGCAGUACACCAUAUAGUUUCUCACUAUAUGUUAUAGUGAGAAACUCUCUGCAGUACACCAUACUCGCAGCUUGUACAGCUUGUGGGCACCUUCCAUUUGAUAGAAACAGCCUCUUUCCUUUACUUAAAGCCUAGCAGCUGUGUCAGCUGUGGAGGCGUGUGAAGCUAUGUGUACAUACAUUGUGAGCGAGUAGGUAAACAACCCCACUUGACUGCUGCUGUCGCCUACGGGCACUUCCAAAGGUUCUGCUGAUUUCUUCUGCCUGCACCUUGUAAUUGUUGGGCCCACCAGGAUCUAGCCUGUCUCUGCCUUGUUGACAACAAUUAGCCCCACGUACUGGUUGCUGCUCGUUUGUUCGGUCCAGACUAUGGCCCCACAAAUGCAAUGAAUCUUGGUGAAUGCAUCACUGUUGCCAUAGUGGCAUGCCAGGCCCCUUCCAAGGUCGUCAGUCGGGUCAAGGCCGGCACGCAGUGCUGCGUGCCUCUAGCCGACAAGUCUGUCGGGUGCUCCUUCAAAGCACAGAGCGUGUCGAGGAGCGUGCAGACUACAGAGGCGGUGGAUGAGUCAAGCUCGACCUCAGGGAGGCAUCAUGACUUCCCACCAACAGUCAAGCACCAAGAGUUGCAGCAGAGCCAACUCUACCACUGUGACAGUUGCAACUACAAGACUGCCAGGUUGUCCGCUCUCAUUAUACACAAGUGCAGGCGCAUAGAGUCAAGGCCUUCUAUUUCUUCAUCAACAGCCGAGGGUGACAAAUCACACCAGAGACGCCUCUACAGCUGUCGAUUCUGUGACCAUCAAACUAAUAACCUGCGAGAUCUGGAAAAGCACACCAGAGUUCAUACUGGCGAGCGUCCAUUUAAAUGCCAUUUCUGCACUCGGAGCUUCUCACAAAAGACCAAUUUGAACAAGCACCUGCGAAUCCACACGGGUGAGCGUCCAUUUAAAUGCCAUUUGUGCCCUCAGAGCUUCUCACAAGGACCCACCCUGAAAGGACACCUGCGCACUCACACAGGCGAGAAGCCAUUUCGGUGCCCGUCAUGCCCUCAAAGUUUCUCACAUAAACCAAUUUGA